GGAAGAGAUCUCCAGUCUGCUCUGACUCCCAGCGCACACAGCUGCUACCUUGCACUAGUUAACUCCACCGCCCAUGUCCGAGAUGCCCGACCCAGACCCAGAGGAGGAAGUUGCUGAAGACGCCCCCGCCCCCGAGACACCCAACUGGAAGGGCUUGGAGGAGGCAGCCCGGGAGCCUGGCAGUUAUGAGAUCCGGGAGUAUGAACCGGCUAAGUGGGUUAGUACCUCGGUUGAGUCAAUGGACUGGGAUGCAGCUGUGCAAGCUGGCUUCACAAAACUUCAUAAUUACAUCCAAGGCAAGAAUGAGAAAGAGGUAAAGAUCAAGAUGACUACCCCAGUGACUAGCUAUGUGGAACCAGGUUCGGGGCCAUUUUGCCAGUCUACAAUUACCAUUUCCUUAUACAUCCCUGCUGAACAGCAAUCUGAUCCACCGAAGCCUUCCGAGUCAGAUGUCUUUAUUGAAGACAGAGCUGCAAUGACAGUGUUUGUGCGGUCUUUUGAUGGAUUUUCUAGUGCCCAAAAGAACCAGGAACAACUCUUGACAUUAGCAAGCAUUUUGAGGGAAGAUGGAAAAGUCUUUGAUGAAAAGGUUUACUACACUGCAGGCUAUAACAGUCCUUCUCAGUUGCUCAAUAGACACAAUGAGGUGUGGUUGAUCAAGAAAAAUGAAACUCCCAAAGAAAAUGAGUAAAAAAAAUUCUGCUAAGGGCAAAAGUUCUGCUUAAUAUAGACCUCAAUAUUACUGUUAGGCAAAUUGCUAAUCUAGUCUCCUAUAUAAGAACACUAUCAACUGAGCUUUAUGUGCCUUUUCCAAUGCCUAAAAUUUCCCUUUGCUUCAAGAAUAGGGUGGCAGUUCACAAUUCCAGCUAAAACCAACAACAAACGUUUAAUCUGAUUAAUGGUAAUAGUCUUUCUCCUUUUUCACCAGAGGAUCAGAAGAAAUAUCCAUGGAUAUAUCUUUCUUCUUUUCUGAUAUUGGUUUUUUUUUUUCCUUAUCCUUGUUUCCAGGGGUAGAAUACUAUCCUCUCUUCCACAAGUGAAAUGUUUAUCUGUGGAUAGAGUGCCAAGCUAUCAGCCCUGGAGGUCCCAAGUUCCCAGUUGAUAGUAGUUAAUCAAGAUCGUAAACUUCCCAUCACUACGGACAUAAGUUCUCUCUUCCACUGUUAGCUAAUUUCCACCCACCUUCUGAAAGGACUACCGGUUCAUAAAAGUUGCAACCAAGAAGAGGGUGUCUAAGUUAUUGAUUUCUAACCCAGCUUUUUUGACUCAGAGUAUUCUAUUUUAAAGGAUGUCUCAAUAAUUUUUUUUUAAAUUUAAGAAUAAAUCUUAAUUAAAUUUAAAAAAAAAACUAUGAAUCACUUUUUGGAAGGAAUAGUAAGGAAUUCAAACAAAUGCUGCAACAAAACCCUCCCCAUGCCUGCUAGAAAUUUUGCUUUUUUCUAGUUUACUGAUACAAACUUCAGUGUCUUCUCUACUAUCUGACAAAAUGAAGUGAUAUGUGCUUUCUUAAUGUUUAAUAGACUGAAAACUGCAUUUUUACUCCAUUUAACCAUAUAGCCUUAUAGUUUUUGAUCGCGUAACUGCCCUUUGUUAAUAAAAUGGUAAUUUCAAGUGUGA